AUGAGUUCCAGAACACUAUUUUCCGAUUAUAAUGGUCAGAAAUGUUAUACGCUGAUAGAAUCGGAUGCGCAGCAGGAAAAGCAGGUAACAGAGACUGACGACGGAGUGAGCAGAUUUCUGAACCACGAGUCGCUGGAUGGAUUGGGAACUGCCACGGAGCUGAAAUUCACAGCUACUUUUGUGUGCAACGAAGGCCGAGAAACCUAUCGAGGCGGGUUUUCCAGCGCCAAUCAUUCAUCGGUUGGUUUCUUGGAAGCUCUGGAUCACGGGAUCUGGACGCAAUGGGUUAAAAGCUUGUUUGUGCGAGGAGAGUUUGAUUUGGAUUACAGUUUCAAAGUUCUGGAUAACGGACAAGGGAAAAAACUGGUGGUUACCAGAGACCUCCCUAAAAACCCAGGUAAAGUUUUAUUUGAGAUGGACUGCGAGCUUGCGGACGGGGAUUUUUUCGACGUGGGCGAGGAUCUGGCUGUGAAGUACGAGCAGGAACUGGAAUUGAGGCGACGUAUCCGAGAAUUGACCCGCCAGAACCAACAAUUGCAGCUCGACUUCGAAGCGUGCCAGAAAAUCAACCAAGACCAUGUGAACUCGAGCAAGCGAUUACAAGACCAAAUAGCCAAGGUGGUGGUACCGAUGUUCAACGAGCAGAAGAAAUUGAUACGAGAAAGCCUGCCUGAACGCAAAUUUGUGCCGUUUGAGAGUAUUCGUCAAGAUAAUCAGAUUAGUUGGCAGCGACCGGAGGCUCCUAUUGAGUUUGAGUUUGACGAAAGUCGCAAAAGCGAAUACGAGCGCGAGAUCGAGCACGUUUCACCGCGCAAGCGAAAACGUACCACCACAGAAAUCAAGCAGGAGCCCGUAGACGACUCGGACGAAACAGACGUCACGGUGGACGACGACUCGACAAUAUCUACAAAUUCAGACUAA